GAGCGGUUGGGCUGCGUUAGGGUAGUUUCACGUCGGUAUUAUGCGGCAAUCCGUCUUUUAUUCUUUUUGUUGUUGAAUUGUUCUUUAGUUUAUGGGGUCUUAGCGCAGUCAACGACAUGGAACUAACAAUAAUUGAUUAAGGAAACAUUUUAAUUAAGCGGAAACAGCGUGGUAAGAGGACAUCCGCAAUACUAUGUAAAACCACGACAGAACUUGGUCCUGAAAGCUUUGUUCAGCAACAGUGUGAUAGAUUGGUGCAGCUUUGAAUAAACAACAAUGAAAGGGAAAUUAUGCUAUUUGAUAAAGUUGUUUUAGCCCACCCAGCGCUUUCUUAGGGUGUAGACAAGCUAAACACUUGGGCAAAAUGUUCCUCAAGGAGGGUUUGCCAUCCUGAUGCUGUUUUGCUUAACAUCUUGUGCAGAGUUUUGCCUCAGGGAGGGGCCAUAACCUCAGUGUCACCUUUGUUGGCUAUUCCCACGGAACUGGUAGGCACUUUUUAGAAAGAUGAAUAGCGUCUAAAUAUUUAAAGCAUUCUAGGGAUGAAAUUCAGCCUGAAAUUUCUCAAAAUUUCAUCAUCAGUGAAUUGGCCAAUGGUAAUUAGGUAGGCGUAGCCAGCGCCAGAGAGAUGGCGUCUCGGAUGCUGCCGCUGCUGGGCCGCGCAGCGCAUCGUCCCGCCUGGCCGUGCACGCGUGGCUACCAGGCGACCGCGCUGCCCGAUCAUGCGGACACCGUUAUCUGCGGCGGCGGCAUCCUGGGCACCUCGAUCCUGUACCACCUGAGCGAGCUGGGCCUCGCGCCAGACACCGUGCUGCUCGACCUGGGACAGCUGGGUGGCGGCAUCACCAGUCUGGCGGCCGGUAUCGUGUCCAUGAACCAGCUGCACCGCGCCCAGUGCAAGCUGGUGCGCAAGAGCCAGGUGCUGUACCGCCAGCUGACGGCGGCCGGCCACGACAUCGGCUUAGAGGAGUGCGGCGGUCUGCACCUGGCGCGCAGCUGGGAGCGCCUGCAGCAGUACCACCGGCUCACCGCCCUCUCCGAGUCUCUGAGCACCGAGUUCUGCAUGCUGACCCCGGACGAGGUGAAGGGCCGCUGCCCGCUGUUGCACACGGCUGACCUGAAGGGCGGCCUCUGGAUCCCGUCCGACGUGGCCGCCAGCCCGCUCAAGCUCACGCAGACGCUGGCCCGGCUGGCGCAGCAGAAAGGCGCCACGGUCCUGGAGCGGGUGAGGGUGCAGCGGGUGCUCACUGACGGCCGCCGGGUGACCGGGGUGGAAACGGACGUCGGCACCAUUCACUGCAACCGCUUCGUCAACGUGGCCGGCUACUGGUCGCACGACCUGGGCAAGCUCAGCUCUCCCAUGGUCAAGGUACCGGUGCAUCCGUGCGAGCACUACUUCCUGGUGACGCGGCCGGUGGCAGCGCUGCCCGGGUGCGUGCCCUCUGUGGUCGACCCAGACGGCCGCAUCUACGUGCGCGCCAAGGAGGGCUGCCUGGUGGCUGGUGGCUUCGAAGAAAACGCCAAACCCGCCUUCGGAGACAUGGAGCACUUGCCAGUGCGGUUCGAGUCCGAGACGCUGCAGCCCGACUGGGACCACUUCUACGGGCUGCUGCACGAGAUCGUGCAGCGCGUGCCGGCCGUGGGCGAGGCCGUGCUGGACCAGCUCAUCUCGUCGCCGGAGACCUACUCGCCCGACGGCCAGUGGAUCAUGGGCGAGUCGCCCGAGGUGGAGAAUUACUUCGUGACCGCUGGCCUGGGCGCCAGCGGCACGGCGGCGGCUGGCGGCGUGGGGCGCAUCAUGGCCCACUGGAUGGUUCACGGAGAGCCGCACCUGGACGUGUUUGAAAUGGACGUGCGUCGCUUCCUGGCGCUACACAACAACCGCACGUUCCUGCGCACGCGCAUCCACGAGGUGCCAGGCCAGUGUAUGCGGAUUCCGUGGACGUUCCCGGAGUACCGGUCCGGCCGGCGGCUGCGCACGUCGCCCAUCUUCCCGCGCAUGAAGGACGCCGGCGCUCGGUUCGGCGCCGUCAUGGGCUACGAGCGCCCGGCCUACUUCGAGUCGUCGGCCGACGCAGGGCCCGACCGGCGGCGCGGGGAGUUCGCCAUCGCCGUCACUGACUCGUUCAGCAAGCCUCGCUGGUUCGACAACGUCGAGGAGGAGUACAACGCGUGCCGCGAGCGCGUGGCCGUCUCCGACUACUCGUCCUUCACCAAGAUCGACCUCAUGAGCAAAGGGGACGAGGUGGUGCACCUGCUGCAGUACCUCUGCAGCAAUGACGUGAACGUGCCGGUGGGCAACAUCCUGCACACGGGCAUGCAGAACCAGCACGGUGGUUACGAAAACGACUGUAGCCUGGCGCGCAUUGCCCACAACCACUACAUGAUGAUCUGCCCGACGAUCCAGCACGGCCGGAGCCGCUCGUGGCUGCAGCGGCACGCGCCGGCCGACGGCAGUGUGGUCAUCUCGGACAUCACCUCUCUGUACACGGCGCUCUGCGUCAUGGGCCCGCUGGCGCGCGAGCUGCUCUCGGAGAUCACCGACCACGACCUCAGCCCAAAGAGCUUCCCCUUCUUCACGUUCAAGGAGAUCGACGUCGGAAUGAUCGCGGACGUGCGUGCCAUGAACAUGACGCACACUGGCGAGCUCGGAUGGGUCCUCUACAUCCCCAACGAGUACGCGCUGUACGUGUACGAUCUGCUGAUGGAGCGCGGCCAGGACUACGGCCUGGCGCUGGCCGGCUACCUGGCCAUGCGGUCGCUGCGCGUCGAGAAGUUCUACGCCUUCUGGGGACAGGACCUGGGCACCACCACUACGCCGCUCGAGUGCGGCCGAGCCUUCCGAGUCAAGUUCAACCGGGACGUGAACUUCAUCGGUCGGGAGGCGCUGCUGCGCCAGCGGGCCGAGGGCGUGCGCCGGCUGUACGUGCACUUCACGGUGCAGGACCACGACCCCGAGACGGACCCGUGGGCCUGGGGCCACGAGCCCAUCCUGCGCGACGGCGAGUACGCCGGCCUCGUCACCACCUCCGCGUUCGGCUACAGCCUCGGCAAGCUGGUGUGCCUGGGCUUCGUGCAGGACCUCUCAGCCGGCCAGGCUGCCGUCGUCAACAGCGACUACGUGCUGCGCGGACACUACCAGAUCAACAUCGGCGGUCGCCUGUUCCCGGCCAAGCCGUCGCUCGUGUCGCCGUCGCUGCCCACCAAGUACCAGGAGCCGACGCAGAAGCGCUACCAGGCCACGCAGCACACGUGGGGCGGCCGCGGCUAGCCGACAGACAGCACCGACCGCCUCUCCGCCGACCGGUGGCCGCGUUCGCGUUACCCCGACGGCAGCGCGCGGGUGAUAAGACUGUCACCGGUUGGCUGGGUCCGUGGUCGACGGCUUGCGAAGCGGACCAGCAUGGAUGGGUCGCUCGACACCGGCGCCAUUGACCGCUAAACCGGACCGGCCCGGCACGACCGAGCCGCUCCGGCUCACCGCCGCGGCACGGUCGGUGUCGGCCGACGGGGCGCCUGCUCUGACCCGACGGAGCCGCCCGUACCUCAACCACGAGUGCCGGUAGCCCGGGUCAGCGGCGGGCACUGCAGGAUCACACAGCCUGCGCGACCCGGAGCCGACGGCGGGACGCCGGCGUCUGGCUCGCUGCACACACGGCCGCCGUGCCUCCUGGUGACACUGGUGCCCGCCGAACUGUCCGCGCCGGCUGGCGCUGUCCUCACUGACUGGCGCUGUCCGCACUGACUGGCGCUGUCCUUACUGACUGGCGCUCUCCGUACUGAGUGGCGCUGUCCUUACUGACUGGCGCUGUCCUUACUGACUGGCGCUCUCCGUACUGAGUGGCGCUGUCCUUACUGACUGGCGCUCUCCGUACUGAGUGGAGCCGUCCUCACUGACUGGCGCUGUCCUUACUGACUGGCGCUGUCCUUACUGACUGGCGCUGUCCUUACUGACUGGCGCUCUCCGUACUGAGUGGCGCUGUCCUUACUGACUGGCGCUGUCCUUACUGACUGGCGCUGUCCUUACUGACUGGCGCUCUCCGUACUGAGUGGCGCUGUCCUUACUGACUGGCGCUGUCCGUACUGAGUGGAGCUGUCCUUACUGACUGGCGCUGUCCUUACUGACUGGCGCUGUCCUUACUGACUGGCGCUGUCCUUACUGACUGGCGCUGUCCUUACUGACUGGCGCUCUCCGUACUGAGUGGAGCUGUCCUUACUGACUGGUGCUGUCCUUACUGACUGGUGCUGUCCUUACUGACUGGCGCUGUCCUUACUGACUGGCGCUGUCCUUACUGACUGGCGCUCUCCGUACUGAGUGGAGCUGUCCUUACUGACUGGCGCUGUCCUUACUGACUGGCGCUGUCCUUACUGACUGGCGCUCUCCGUACUGAGUGGCGCUGUCCUUACUGACUGGCGCUGUCCUUGCUGACUGGCGCUGUCCGUACCGACUGGCGCUGUCCUUACUGACUGGCGCUGUCCGUAUUGACUGGCGUUGUCCAUACCAACUGGCGUUGUCCCCACUGACUGGCGCUGUUCGUACUGACAAGCGAGGUACUGUUGGCGCCGGCCAUUGCUGCACUUUCCGCACCGACUGAGGUGCUGCGCUCUCGGCCGCGGCCGUCAGCGCCCCGCCCCAGCCGCUCAGAUCGGCACGCUGUCGAUCGCCGUCGGCUUACCGGAACGGCGGCGCCGGCGCCACCGCUCGUACGGCGGCGCCUGUCGGGCCCGGUUACACGCCCGGCUGACCGAACGUCGGCGGUUCAACUGCCGACCGUCAGCACAGGGCCCGUGGCCGGCGGCGCACCCUCUGUCGCCCCAGAGGUGACUGGCCGGGGCCGGAUGCGUGGCCACGCACUCGGGUGGCUUGCGAAGUCGUGUUCCUGGAGUGUUCCGAGCUGUUGUGUCGCAAUAAACGUCUUGUGU